CCUCCGCUGGCUGAGCACAGCGACCAGAGGCCGCCGCGAGAGACCAGAGACAGCAGCAAAGCCUCUGCUCCUCCGUCUCUGCCCUUCUCCUGUUCUUCCUCCUCCUCCUCCAUUGCUGCCGCUGCCCUCCGAGCUUCUCGCCGCCGCAGUCUCAGCACGUUACGGCACAGAAGCCGAGCAGCAUCAGGGAGAAGGCGAUGGAGGUGGAGGCGAUGCUGGAGGACGACGUGUUCUUCGCCGAGCUCAGCAAGCGGAUAUCGCUGCUCAUCACCGACGACGACGAGGGCGCCGACUUCGCCGCCGCCGCGCAGUUCAUCCCCGCCGCCGCCGCGCCCCUCACGGGGUUCGCGUCGCUCGGCCAUGUGCCGCCGCGGCAGCAGCAGGGGGGAGGCGCGUCGUUGCUGGCGCCACCGCCCUACACGUUGUACCACCACCACCACCACGGCGCCAGCUACGGCGGGGACAGCGCCGCCCUGGCGGCGGCGUGGCAGCAGCAGCAGCAGCAGCAGCAUGGCAGCAAAGGCACCGGCGUGUUCAUCCCGCGGUCCACGCCCGGGGCCGCGCACCCCAAGAAGAAGAGCAAGAACAGGGGCGGCGCCGCCGCCAAGGCCGCGCGGGCGGCGCAGGCCGGCGCCAACGCCCUGGCCGCCGGCGGGCCCGCCAAGAAGCGCGCCUGAUCUGAACCUCUCGUCAUCACCAUGAAUGAAUCAAAAACAAGGAAAAAAAAGCACAACUAACUCCAGGUGCAGUGCAACGACAGUGCCAGCGGGACCGGACCGACCGGAUUAGUUAAUCUGUUUAAUUAAUUAUAAUUAAUUAUUAAUUUAAGUUAUUAUUACCGCCGUUAUUACAUGGUAAAUAAUAAGCCACGGUUGCUUCCACCCCGCGGGUCCAAAAUGUAUAAUGUGAGCCCAAAGGGUGGGAGGAACAUGGGGCGGGGGCGCCGCCGCACAAAUAAUCUGUGUGUAUAGUGAGCUGGUGGUGCCGUAGUUUCUUUUUUUUUAUAAUCGGGCGAUUUAUUAAUUAUUUUCUAUUUCUUUCUUCCAACCAUUUUUGUAAGAUGAUGAAGAAGUGAAUUCGAUUGGUGUACUACUAUACUACUAGUGCUGGAAGAGAGUGGAAAUGUCAAUGAGCAAAUGAUUGGUGCC